AUGCUCACUGACCGCUCCCCUACCGUCCUGCGCCCACCAACCUCGCUCCUCUCGCAGGCGAUGGCCCAAGUCCAGGCCGAGUCUGCCUCUGCCUCCCCUGCGUCCUCCCGCUCUCGCCAUGCAGCUUCUCUCAGCACGCCCUCGUUUCGGCUCGAGAACCUGCCUCGCUUCCAUCCAGCCGUCUACCAGUCGGCCACUGGCAGCAGCUCGACGGUCUCUGCUGCCACCUUCGACUUCGACUCGGUCACUGGUACCGCUACCUCGUCUCACAUCUACUCACGCCCCCAGACAUACCGGCCCUCCUCAGCUUCGGCAGUGAUAUCUGCGCCCUCAGCCUCUUCUUCCACAGCUGGUUCUUCUUCCCGGGAUGCUCUCCGCCAAUACCGUGAUUUGGUUGCCGGCAUGGCCCUCUCAGCUCGUGCGUCUGCCCAGUCCUCGUCUUUCUCCAAGCCGUCGAAACCGAGACUGGAGCCGCUUGGGAGUCCGGGUCCGGUGACGCCCCUGGCCCUGGAGGAGGAAGGGGAAGGAUACCUCUCCGCUGGAACUAUGGAUUUCCUGGCGGCAGAGGGACAGGGACAGGGGCACGCGGGCAUCCGAGAGAGGACCGAGCUGCUAGACCGGCUUAUCAUGCGAGAGCAGGACCGUAUCGCCUCGAGGAUUCAUUGA